AUGGCAAGUCCUGUUGCUCUCAUUACUGCUGGCAGUGCUGGCCUCGGAGCCGCCACUGCAAAGGCUUUUGCAGCUAUGGGCCUGCGAGUUGCCAUAAACUACUCGUCUAAUGAAUCUCGAGCCAAUUCACUUGUCUCUGAGUUAGAAAGCACUUCAUCGACAGCUUUCGGACAAUGGGCCAACGGGAGGGUUGAGACUGGUAAUGGCAAAAGAUUCAUUGCUAUUCGAGCUGAUGUCUCCUCUCGCCCUGAAGUUGAUAAACUGAUAUCAACUACAAUCCAAGAACUAGGCCGAUUGGACAUUGUGUUUUCGAAUCAUGGGUGGACAAAGCUAACAAAUUUCUCAAAUCUGUCAGAGAAUGUGAAUGAGGAAGAUUGGGAUAAAUGCUGGAACAUGAACGUCAAAAGUCAUUUGUGGCUGUUUAACUCUGCAAAGGGUCAUCUAGAACAGAGUCCUAUGAGAGGGGGUGGCUGCUUUAUCACUACCAGUUCUGUCGCUGGAGUUGGCGUAAUGGGGAGCAGCUUGGCUUAUGCUGUUACAAAAUCAGCCCAGAUUCAUUUAGCCAAGUGCCUUGCCUCUAUUUCUGGCGCCAGCAACAUUCGAGUAAAUUCUGUCUCGCCAGGAAUGAUGAUGACAGAAUGGUCGUCAUCAUUCCCCGAAAGCAAGCGCAACGCUGCUAUUAAAAAGACCAAGCUAGGUCGAUUGACCGAGGUUGAAGACGUUGCAGAGCAGGUGUGUUCAUUUGUGAGAAACUCAAGUAUCACAGGGGCCAAUGCUGUGAUUGACUGCGGGUCUAUCCUCUAG